AUGAGGGAGAGAUCUAAAAAAGAAGCGCAGUUGACAAGUAUGACAAGAGACAUUAUUCUGCAUUUAAUAUUUGUGUUUCUUCUGGCCAUCGUAUCUUAUGGAAACAAGAACGGAAAUCGUUUUCUGAUGACCACCGAGACGAGAAAUCGAUUCAAUAAGUUUAAUCUGGUAAGAUUAUGUUUCUCGAUGAAUAAAAAUGAUUUUUGUCCGCAGUUGUAAAAUAUUUGACAGUAUUCAAAAGCUAUUUCGCCUGGCAAUCGAUCCUUAUAUCAGUGAAAGAUUACAGACUGGUGGAUGUUUAAAAGAGAAAUAGGUAUUAAAGUCCGUCGCAAUACCACAACUAGCGAUAGCAAGUGAGCAGGCUAAUUUAUGCAGGUUUCUGGUGAAUAUAAAUAAUGACUUUUACCUUUGAAAAAAUGUAAUAGCGAUGUUACUAUGGAUUUCAUAUUUAAGUUUGCUUUUGAGUGAGAUAGGCGUUUGAAUUUUUUUAUUUAUUCAUUUGUUAUUCAUUGUUUGCUAUUUGCAUUAAAGAUUGGCGGCGAGUCUCUUUCCCCCUCUCGCUUUGUUCCUGUCUUUUGAUUUAUUGCUUUACCUUUCCUUGUUCGUUUGUUUAAUAAUCAUGCGAUCAUGCGAGUUACACAUUCUAUCUUCUUGACGGGUCCUUGGAUCUUAAGUUCUUAUUCUUUAUUUUAGGUAAAGGAUGCGCACAUAUUUGAGGCAUGGUUAAGGAACGAAUUCAUAUUAAACAUUUAUAAUCAGGCGUGGUACAACGGACUUAAAGAGGAAAACGAUGUGUAUAUCGGGAACAAGAUGUCGGUAUUAGUGGGAAUGCCCUGGUUGCGACAGCUCAGAAUUAAAAAAAGUAAACUUAGAUCAGAAUAUAUCAUUUUCUUAAACAAACAGGUUAUCACAAAGACAAUUUCUACAGUGACGAUAGACAAUGGAGAUUCUAAAUUGGUGGGAAAAAUAUCCCUAAUAUUGAAUUGCAAAAUGCUUGUUGAAAUAGGAAAAUGUCAUAGUGACUUAAUUAAUUCGAAUAACUAUAAGUGCAUGUCUAGUGAUCUGAAAUCAAAAGGCUCGUAACUUACACAAUAAAUUAUAGAACUAUGCUACUACAGGCUCUAGAAAAUAAGGCAUAGGCAUAAAAGAACAUGUACUUGUUUGCUGAUACAUUUCAACUCGCUACUUAUGACUUGACUCAAAAGCACUUUUAGAACCACAGAUUUUUAACCCGAUAUCAAGAAACUUCAUUGGCGUGUUUUUUUUUUCUUCUGCCAGCAUUUUUAUCCUUCUCUCUUUCUUUUUAUCAUCAUUUAUUAAAAAUGCAAAUCUUAAAGUAAUUUAUUCCAAUUUUUUUUUUAUUUGAAGAAUCCUGCAGAUCACUCUCUAAAAUGAUAGCAGAAUGUUAUUACGACUAUUCUCCAGAAAAUGAGGACACGACUUUGCUAAGACUUCCAGGUUGGAUACCUCUAUCCCUUAAUACUUCGUGGCCCAAUGCUCUCCAAAUUUGCCCUAAGCCUUGGCGGUAUCAAUCAGCAGCAGAACUUCGCAACGAUCCCAUUCUGGCGUCUUACAACUCUUAUGAAGGGGGUGGUUAUGCAGCAGUCAUGGGAUACGAUGAAAGCACUGCACAAGGCGUCCUCAACGAGACUAUUACUAAUGGAUGGCUUGAUCGCCAAACUCGAGCUAUAAUUCUAGAGUUUGCUGUUUUUAAUGCCAAUACAAACUUGAUUAGUGUUGCCACAUACUUUUACGAGGCCAUAGCUACUGGUGCAGCCUACACUACAAGGAGAAUUGAAACACUGGAGUUGUACAGCACUGAGUCAGGAGCUCUGAUGUUUUUCUUGAUUGGCCAGUUUCUGUUCAUGGCGAUGGUCCUCUUUUACUUCAUAGUUAUGUUAGUUCACCUUUAUCAACAACGCCUAGGUUUCUUCAAGUCUGUUUGGAACAUAGUGGAUUUCUUUAUGAUUAUUUUCUCUGUGGCGUCUGUAGCAUUUUACAUGAUCAGAGCUAAAAGCAUUUUGAACACUAUCAAAUCUAUUCAAGCCAAUCCAUAUGAAAUUGUUCAUUUCCACACAGCGUUAAAUUGGCUUAACCUAGAAAAUGCGUCUAUUGCUAUGGCUGUUUUUAUGGUGACAGUCAAGCUACUGAAUCUAAUUCGUUUUAACCCACACGUAAUAUACUUGUUUUCAUCUUUUCGCCAAUCCGUAGGCUAUCAACUCUCGUAUGUGCUCUUUUUUCUGAUCGUGUUCAAUGCAUUUGUUGUAACAGGUAUGCAAUUUUUUGGUGGUGUGGUAUUAGAGUAUUCUAGUUACCUCAACGCAGUCAUGUCUCAAUUCGAAUUCCUGUUGGGAAAAGCAGUCCCAAUGGACGCUCUUCGAAGCGACAAACCCUUCAUUGGGCCGACGUUUGCGUUUUUGUUUUGUAUAUCCACAACUAUAUUUCUUAUGAAUAUGCUUGUUUCUGUCCUCAACGAAUCAUACGGUGACGCAAAAACAAACGCAGAGGAAAAUGCAAAAGAGCUUGAAAUGGCACGUUUUAUUGAGGAGCGUUUAAUGGACAUUUUCCACGAGGGAAGUAAUCGGACUGAGUUUAAGUUGUUUUGCGAUGAGACAACAUUCGCCAACAUGUGCCUUUCUGAAGCAGAGCCAUUCUGUUUAAAUUCUGAAAGUAUUAUCCAAUGUACAGAGGAACGAUUGCUAAAAGUUGAAAAAAGACUAACUGUUCUCACUUGGCGAACAGAAUACAUGGAGGCUGAUUAUUUGAAAGAGGAAAAUGACGUAAUUGACCUCUUGUUAUUAAUGAUAAAUCCUUUGGUGCGUGACUCGGAAAAGAAAGCAAAAGAUCUUCCCUAA